UUUUCCAAUCAUGGAGGUUUUUAGGGGAGGUACUUUGGGUGGGUCCCUCAUGUUUAAUGUAUUAUCCUGUUCCCUAUAUCCUGUCGCCGCUUUUUUCCUGCAGGGGACAUGAAGACGGGAGACAGUGUUGUCAAGUCCGGAUGCUUUUACGCAUAACUCUGCGCCAAGUUACCUUGAACUGGUUUUGCACAAGUUUGCAUCAUUUGGGGAGACCAUCCGUCCGUUUGGACCAUCCUGUGCUGAACAUCUCGCACUGCCGCAGCAAUACAAGCACCUUGCAGAAAUGGGCGUGUGCGGAGGAAGUGGGGAGCACUUGGAAACCAGACUGACCUGAGAGUUCUUUCUCGUAGCUUUACUCAGGGAUACAUCCCCAAAACUGCAGUUUAAAGGUCUUCCUCGUGAUGCGUAAAUGGAUUCGUUUUUAUCUCACUGCUUCAGUGUGUUUGCGCAUGGUGUCAGCGAUAAAGUUGAUGGAGUUAAGCUCAUUACGUGAGCUAAAAAUCAAAAACUGGACGUGAAGUACCCGGGUAGCUAAAAAAGCAAAACAAAACAACAAAGUUGUCUACUUGCUUGUAUUAUUUGAUUUUGUUUUAUUAAAAAAAAAAACAAAAAAAAAAACACCUGAACUCGCAGCUGUUAGUCAACCUCCUGUAAGCUUUCCUGACUCAUUCAACUUAAAUGCUCCCAAAGUGUAGAUUUAGUUUUUAAAAAACAAUUUUAUAACCAGCGUGGGGAGGAGGAUGGAUCCCGCCUGUGGCAAAGUGGGGACGGCGCCUCUGGUCGCUGGCGGCGGAACCGGCGUGAGUGCAAAGGCGCCCAAACAUCUGUGGAGGCAGCAGAAUCAGGCAGCGCUCUCUCCGCUCCACCACGCGCUGGUAGUGCGCAAGAACGACCGUGUAAGACAAAGAGGCUUUUCGGACACCGAGAGAUACCUCAACCCGAGGAACAUGGACCGGACUUACGCAGUGGACACGGGGCACCGACCCGGGCUGAAGAAAUCAAGGAUGUCGUGGCCGUCGUCCUUUCAAGGUCUUCGACGGUAAGUGACAAAACAGCAUGGAUUAUAUGUGAACAUAAGAUGCCUCAAAAGGUAAUGUAGCUGUUUGUUUUUUUCUGUUUUGUGAUGUGAAUACAUUUUUUAUUAUAGUUAAAAACUGAAAAACAACCCAAUUAAAACACCUUCACCAUCAAAUUACUGCUACUUCUAGUGCAUUAAGCACUAAUCCCUAACACGAUGAUAAUAACGCAAAGGGAAUCUUUCUGGGAGGAACAUCAGCAGCUUCAUUCUGUUUUUAUGUUCAUUACUAAUUGUUAGUUUGCCAGUGUGUGUAAUGGGCCUAUCAUGAGCAGUGUGCAUCUGCACUCCCUUCACCUAAUGGCGGUGGUGUGUUUUGCUGCUAAUCUGUUUAUCUAAUCAGAUGCUGAGGUUAGGGGGUCUAUCUCAUUAACUUGCAGGAUAUUGAUUUCCUGCGUUUAGGGCAAAGCGCUCUACAGCAGCCUGCUUCUACAUUCCCAGAUGGGAGGAAUGCAGGUUCCUCAAGCUCAUCAGUUGAUCUCACCUAUGCGUGUGUGUGUGUGUGUGCCCGCAUUUAAAAAUAGCUACCAAAGCAGCGUGAUUGCUACAAAAGCAAAUUGUAUUUUUAAAGACAAUGUGAAAAAGAUCUAACACAAAGAUGGGCUUGAAAAUGAACACUGUUUCAUAAACAUCGGUAAGAAAGCGCGUCAAAAUAUUCAUCUAUUUUGAAAUGUAUCAACGCUUGAAACUGCCUCCCUGAGCCUGGUUCUGCAGAGAUUUCUUCCUGUUAAAAGUGAGUUUUUCCUUUCCACUGUCACCAAGCGUUUGAGCCCCCAAAGAGGGUCAUGUGAUUGUUGGUGUUUUCUCUGUGUUUUUGUAGGGUCUUUACCUUUAGGGCUGUUCGAUACGACGAUGUAUGACGAUAUGAAAACAUCUAUCGUUUCAUAUUAUACGCUUACUUAUACAUAAGGGCUGAAAAUAAACCUUAGACUCAAACGUUAGAACAGGCUUUUCCCGCAGCACGCUGUGUAAUAAAUACUCACAGAGAAAAUGGCGGCCAUUACUACUUGUGUCUAAAAAGGUGUAGCUUCAUGCAUCGGUCAAAACACUCGACUCCAGGUACACGAUGCUCAGCUGAAAACAUUUCACACAAGUCGAGUUGCCCGAGAUUCACAGAAUUUACAGAAAAUUUACUAUUUUGCAAUAUAUAUCGUUAUUGGGAUAAGAAAGCCCUAUUUACCUUACAACAGAAAGUGACUUGAGAUGACUACAGUAGUGAUUUUGUGCUAUAUAAAUAAAUUGCAUUGAAAGAAUAAAUUAAGUAGAUAGUAGGUUUGCUGAUUGCAAAAUUUCCUGCUU